GCCUCAAUUCCAACUGCGAACCACUGACCUCACGGCACGCCCAGCGCAAGAAGCUCGCCGACGAACGACGACAUCUGCAGCUUCGCAACGCUCCAAUUGGCAGACCCCCUCGCACUUCUGCCGCCCUCACGACCCUCCCGAGACGACCACACAAUGCAGGCCUUCCGGACAAGAGCCGCCUGUGCCGCCCGGCAGACGGCAACGCGCGCCUCUCCGCUGCGCUCUCGCUCAUUCGCCUCCGACCAUGGCCACGGCCACGCAGCGCCAGAGGUUGCCGAAGGCCUUGGUACUGCGUUCUACGUCUUCGUUGGCGCCAUUCCGCUCUCCAUUCUCGGAUACCAGAUCACCCGGCCCGGCAAGGACGGCGAGCCGUCAAGCAUGACAAAGUGGCUCCAGGGCUUUGACGCCUUCAACGAGACCGAGCGCCGCAACACCAUCCGCACAAACAUUGUCGAGGAGGCCGCACACGACAAGCACCUCUUCUACUACGGCCAGAGGAACCAGCACGUCGAGCUCAAGAUGCCCGAGCUCUUCAACACUGGCUCGCCAUACGCAAGACCUGCCGGCCACCGCGCCGCCAACCUCGAAGCCGUCACAGAGCACUACCGGAAGCAGUACGAGGAGGAGGAGGAGCGCAAGAUCCAGAAGCUCGCCGCCCUCAAGAAGAACGAGUCAUCAUGAGCUGGCGAUUAGCGAAGGUCUGGGAUGAGCGGCGGGACAGUUGGGUGAAGUCACCAUUAGAGCGAGAGAAGAGCAUAUGAGGGGGAAAGGUGUACCAUACCAGCAGCGAACGCACCGGAUGAGCCAACAAAUCUGGAGGAGCUUUCAAGAGACUUCCGACCACAAAGUAUAUAGACGUGGAAGAAUCUCUGAAGCUGCUUGCAAGUAGGCACACAAGAAGAUGCAUCGGGUCUCGGUAACCCAGCAUGGUCAAAAAAUUCCCAUUUGUAUUUCCAUCGUCUAUGGAUGGGGAGCUUUGCGCGCCAAUAUGAUCCCCUGUGCUUGCUCGUACACUUCAAUAGGAGAAGCUGGAGAACAGUGUAACGC